UGCGUGCGUGACUUCCGCAACAAGGAAAAUGGCUACCGAAGGAUUAACAAACCCCUAUGAAGGAAUAAAGAAGAAAGUUGAAAUUGAUGGGAAAAGUUUCUCCUUCUUUAAUUUGGCAGAUCUCAAAGAUGCCAGAUAUGAAAAAUUGCCAUUUUCGAUUCGAGUUUUAUUGGAGUCAGCGGUGAGAAAUUGUGACGAGUUUCAAGUGCAGAAGAGAGAUGUGGAGAACAUUCUGGACUGGGAUAAAAAUCAGGGACAGAGUGUGGAGAUCCCAUUCAAACCGGCCAGGGUGAUCUUACAGGACUUCACUGGCGUACCAGCUGUGGUAGAUUUUGCUGCCAUGAGGGAUGCUGUGAAGAGACUGGGGGGAAAUCCAGAGAAAAUAAACCCCAUCUGUCCAGCAGACCUGGUGAUUGACCACUCCAUUCAGGUGGACGUGUCACGCAGUAUAUUGAAAUAUUCUCCCAACCCUGGAGGAGGUCAAAGUUCAGGGGUUCAGGGGUCACAGAGGUCAACCUGCAACCUGUGUCUUGACCCUCGGUCUCCCAUCUCCGAUCACAUAUGCCCCUUUCACAAGCAGAAGACACAGGGUGCAGAUGCUCUGGAACAAAAUCAAGAGCUGGAGUUUGAGAGAAAUAGAGAAAGAUUUGUGUUUCUAAAGUGGGGAGCCACAGCCCUGAAGAACAUGCUGAUCGUCCCCCCGGGGUCAGGCAUCGUCCACCAGGUAAACCUGGAAUACCUGGCCCGGGUCGUCUUCAAUGAGGGGGGUCUGCUGUACCCUGACAGCCUGGUGGGGACGGACUCCCACACCACCAUGAUUAACGGACUAGGGGUGGUGGGCUGGGGUGUGGGGGGUAUAGAAGCGGAGGCAGUAAUGCUGGGACAGGCCAUCAGUAUGGUGUUACCAGAGGUGGUAGGGUACAAACUGACCGGCAAGGUGGACCACCUAGUGACCUCAACUGAUGUUGUCCUGACUGUUACCAAGCACUUGAGACAGAUCGGAGUGGUGGGAAAGUUUGUGGAGUUUUAUGGACCUGGAGUGUCCGAGCUGUCCAUCGCUGACCGCGCCACGAUCUCCAACAUGUGUCCGGAAUACGGCGCCACCGUGGGGUUCUUCCCAGUGGACGAGAAAAGCCUGGAGUACCUCAGACAGACAGGGAGAUCAGAGGAAAGAAUCAAAUUUAUUGAGGAAUUCCUGAGAGAAAUCAGAAUGUUUAGGAACUACAGCAAUCCAGAGGAGGAUCCAGUAUUUUCACAGGUGGUGGAACUGGACCUGAGUACUGUUGUGUCCUGUUGUUCCGGACCUAAGCGGCCCCACGACAAGGUCGCCGUGUCCGAGAUGAAGACCGACUUCAAGGCCUGUCUGGAUAACAAGAUAGGAUUCAAGGGUUUCGCAAUACCAACUGAUAAGCAGGAUACAAAAGUUCCCAUUGUGUUCGACAACAAAGAGUACAUCCUGUCACAUGGUUCUGUUGUCAUAGCGGCAGUCACCAGCUGUACCAACACCAGUAAUCCUAGUGUCAUGCUGGGGGCUGGAAUAUUGGCUAAGAAGGCAGUAGAGGCGGGGCUAAGUGUCAAACCUUACAUCAAAACCAGUCUGUCUCCAGGAAGUGGAGUCGUCACCUACUACCUCAGGGAAAGUGGAGUCACCCCUUACCUAGAGAAGCUAGGGUUUGACAUUGUGGGAUAUGGUUGUAUGACAUGUAUUGGUAACAGUGGUCCUCUACCUGAACCCGUGUCUGAAGGCAUAGAAAAGGGUGACCUGGUAGCCUGUGGUGUUCUGUCAGGGAACCGAAAUUUUGAGGGGAGGAUCCAUCCACUCACCAGAGCUAAUUACCUCGCCUCACCACCCCUAGUCAUCGCAUAUGCCCUUGCUGGAACCGUCCUUAUCGAUUUUGAAAAAGAUCCCCUAGGUACUAAUCCUGAAGGCAAGCCAGUUUAUCUGAGAGAUAUUUGGCCAACAAGAGAAGAAAUCCAAGCAGUGGAGAAAGAAUUUGUUGUCCCUGCAAUGUUUACUGAUGUCUACUCAAGAAUCCAGCAAGGAAACAAACGCUGGAACUCCUUAGUAGCUCCUGAAGGCAUGCUUUAUCCAUGGGACGAGAAGUCAACCUAUAUUAAGUCACCACCUUUCUUUGAGAACAUGGGUAAAGAAGUCGCUAAACUAGAAAGCAUCAAAGAUGCCCACGUUUUACUUAACUUGGGAGAUUCCGUGACCACGGAUCACAUAUCCCCUGCUGGCAGUAUCGCUAGAAACAGCCCCGCAGCACGUUACCUAGGCAACAGAGGGUUAACCCCUCGUGAGUUUAACUCGUAUGGAUCUCGUAGAGGUAACGAUGCCGUGAUGUCCAGAGGAACCUUUGCCAAUAUUCGUCUAGUCAACAAAUUCAUGAGCAAAGCCGGUCCUAGGACCAGACACAUUCCAUCCAGUGAUGAGAUGGACAUAUUUGAUGCCUCUGAGAGGUACAAGAAGGAGGGUCGACAGGUCAUAGUUCUUGCUGGGAAGGAAUAUGGGUCAGGGUCGUCCCGGGACUGGGCCGCCAAGGGACCCUGGAUACUGGGAAUUAAGGCCGUUAUAGCAGAGAGUUAUGAACGAAUCCAUCGCAGUAACUUGGUCGGGAUGGGUAUCAUUCCGUUCCAGUACUUAGAGGGACAGACAGCCGAGACCCUGGGGCUGACUGGUACCGAGACCUACUCUGUAGACAUCCCAGAUAACCUCACCGCAGGUCAAGUGUUAGAGGUCAAGCUGAGCAACGGCAAAACAUUCCAAGUGAAGACGAGGUUUGACACAGAAGUGGAGCUGACCUACUUUAGACACGGGGGAAUCCUAAACUACAUGAUACGACGAAUGUUAUGAUAGGAUAGAAUCCACAAAACACUUCAGUGAUUCCGCGGCCAGCCCAAUCAAGACAUAGUUAUUCCUGAUGUGGACACUGAAUUAAAGAGUUGAUUGUGUAGAUAAUUUGCAUGAAUAAUUGUGACUGGGUAAUUUAUGUGGGGGGAAAGAGCUAGUUUAUAAAGGGAGAACUUUUAAGGGUAAUUGAUUCAAGAAGAAAAGGCUCAAUUCAUUGUUUUGAUUUUGUUAUGAUUGGUUUUGAUAUUUUUAUUUUUUAGUGAAUUCAACAUUGGAAAGUAAAAGGAAUUUAUUGAUAUUAUGUGUAGGAUAUGUGGUAUUUUUUUCUUGAAAAAGUAUUAUAUUGAGGGCUAUUUCUUUUUUCUUUAUGGGCAUCGUGAACAUUUUUUAGGUGCAUUAAAUAUAAGUGAAUGUUAAUGUACUUUAAAAAAAAAUAUUAUUAAUGAAGACUUUCAAAGAAUGUUUGAAUAUAUUUAAAAUGUUAGUCUUCACCAAUACUUUGUUAUGGUAACAUUUAAACAUGUAUCUGCCUGUUCAGGAAAAUUUAAAAUACACAUUAUAUAGUUGUAUACAUUUUUCUGCUUUCACCUUAAUUGAUAGUUACACUGAACGGUAUAUUUAAUUUCUCUGAUUUCUUAUCAAUUUUUCUGUAUUCUUCUCAAAAUUGAUAUCUUUGAUAUAAUUUUAUAUGUAUAGAACGUUCUUCAUCAUAUCCAUAUUUUAAAAAUCUGCCAAAAUAUGCAUUUACAAUGUAUAUGCAAUUAUAGUAAAAAAAUCUUAUUUUUAGAUUGUUCUUAAAAAUAAGCAUUUAGUUUCAGAUUUUGUUUUUCUUAGCAACAUUUUUUUCCCAAAGAAUAUCAGUGCCAUGUAAAAAGAUAAUUUCUUUCUGGUCAUUGAUUUCAAGUUUAUUUUUCAGUAUUUAUCGAAAGCAAUGUGUUUUAAAAUUAGUAUGAAUGCAAGAUGGUUGAUAUGUCGUGAUAUUUUAAAUAAUUUUUUGUGAAUUAUGAAUUUAUAAUGUGAAAACUUGAAAAUAAUGCAAGGUUUGUCAUUGUUUCCACUAGACAUUUAUAUAGAUUGUGUAGAUGAGACAGUUCCCACAAAAACGUUAAUAUAAUCAAUUCUUAGUACAUUUUAUAGAAUGAUGUGAUCAAAUUGAUUACAAUUGAACAUGUGUGUGUAAUUGAUAUUGUAAGGGGAAAAAAGUAAUAGUUUACCAGUGACUACAAAAAAAUCAGCAAUACAUUUUUAUGACAUUGUGGCAAUUAAAAAAAUCAGAUGUAUGUGAACAAAA